AUGUCAUACGUUAGACUCAGACAGAAGCAGAAUGCCUCACCAUGGCCCAAUGCAUAUCAAGGAGAACCCAUCCAGCAGCCAUCGAUGAACCAGCAUAUUAUAGGCACAAACUUUCACGACAACGUUGAGCUACAUCCCGUCCCCAGAGUGGACUCCUUCAACACAUCAGUCUCUUCCCAUGAGCAUGUUAGCGUCUUCUCCACCGAGUCCUCCUUUCAUUUUGACGUUCCUACGCCUGGCGACUCGGCUGAUGAGAUUGCUUACACUCCAAACAUACAGGACCCGAACUGGCAAGAGACCUACAACGAGACCAUACCUGAGCAGUUAUACUAUGCUCUGCCAGCGCCUCAAGGAGAUGCGGAGCAGAUAUUGAAGAACUUUUCGCUACCAUCAGGUCGCCCAUCUCACAAAAACUCUUUACCAAGCCCACAAUCAACCAAUUUCUCGACACCGGAAGCCUCUGGCCACACGAAGAACCUGUCGUCGACUAGUACCAACUUCACCAGCCUGCUUGGUAUCCCUCACCAGCACAGGCAUACCCUCGAGAUGAAUCCUAUGGAGUCGUGUCAGCAGGAUAGCACCAUGCACUUGCACACACACUCCCAUAGAUUGCCACAAGUUACAAGUCCCAUCAUCCAAAUCUCAUCUCACCCUCGCGGUGACUCGCCAGCCAGAUCCGACUUUGAACAGCAAAGGAUGUCGAGGAAACGUAGUGCGUCCAAUCUAUCGCAGAGUGAGUACUUCGACAACGUCCAUGGAGGUACGCAACGCUCCAUGCUUAUGCCGCCUACGAACGAUGCAGUUGUUGACUGGGAAGAAGAGGAGGAAGAGGAAGGGGCAGAGACCGAUCGCUCUGGAGUAGCUCCUGCAGAUCGCGACAACCAAGAGCAUCCGAGCUUCGAUGAUAUCGAAACACACCAAGAGCAGGAGAAAACUGUAAACGAAGUGCAAGAUUGGUUGCAGCGUACAACUCUUAGUCCUCCUGACAGAGAUGGCCGAGGUCCGACGCGCCCCGUUCGUAUCAGAUCCAGAAGUACAGGGGCUAGACCACAUCAUAAUCAGCAGCCCAUCCUGAUGAGCAAUCAGGCUCCGGGGCCAGGUGUACUAGUUGACGAGCAGAGCGAUUACUACUACUCUUCUGAUGAUGAUGAUGAACCCAUAUCUCAGCCAGAUACACACCCGGCUACGAUACCUCCUCGAAGGGACAGCGAGGUGGCCCCUGAUGAGGUGCUACCACUAGCCAAUGAGUUCUACCGUCCACGUCCUUGGCAGGAUGGUGUGUCUGUGCAGCCUCCCGACGACAACGUGCGCUAUCAAGAGGAGACGGCCAGUCUAGCCAUAGAGAGGUUUCGGCGACGAGCCAAAGAAACAGACUCACUUUCACGCGCUGCAACAUGGGGCACAGGGCGUCGUAGGCUCAGUGAUGGCGAUGUGGAUUCGAUCCUCGGCGAAGGCAAGACUCGACACAUGUCGCUAACCAAGACACGCAUACGAAACAGAGGAGUUAGCUUUGUUCAGGAGGUGAAAAACAUCAGAGAACAAUUGAAGCGUAGCAAUAGCCGCAGCAGGCAAGCACAGACACAGGGACAUGCAGAGCUGGAAAAGGUGCAAUCACCGGAACCUAUCGACGAGCGGAGUUCGACCGAGUUACAGACGUAUUUUGGUGGUUCGGCCCGUACGAAAGCAAAGUCGCCUUCAAUCACUACUGCGCUACGUGGUGCAACAGGCAGUCUAGCAGCUGUAGGUGGUGGUAGCACCACCGCUAGUGGUCUAACUCUCAAUACAGAACCACAGCAUGAGAACAUCCUUCAAAGGACUCUCAGACGUGUUCGUAGCAAGAGCGACGUCAACAAAUCACCGAAAAGCCCAGCACCUUCCAAACCACUGAUCGUUCACGAGAGUGGCACCGCUUCAUUGACUUCGGCGACCCCUUGUCAUAACAUGUCCAUUGUGGCUACUCAGCAUCUCAGUCCCAUGACUGUCGCAAGAGACUCAGCGGGCUCGACACCUGUCACUAUGCCACUUUCUCCUCGUCCUGCCAACGUCAUGCCCAACCUAGAUGGUUUCAAAAUCCAGAUAUCAGAGCUCAACCCUGGAUUGGAACCUUAUCUAGUCGAUCGCAUCGCGCGCGAUCAGGUUCGCCGCUACAAAAGACUUGUCCAAAGCAGGGUUGACUAUUUGAACAGCUGCCAGGCUGGGAAGUGCCAAUCCGGCCCUCGUUGCUUCAGCAUGGGGGAUGAGGCCGAGGUUCUGCCAACUCGUUCUGGUAGUGGAGGAACAGCAUCCACAUCUGCCCAAUUCAAAGUUUCUGCAGGAGUCGACAGCGACAACGACGAUUCUGCCUUUGAUGGCAUGGUCACACCUGCAGCAUUUCCUGACGGCAUACCGUUGCCACCAACCAAAAAGUUGCCUGCCAGGUUCGAGUGUCCUCUCUGCUUCCAAGUGAAGGACUUCAACAAACCGUCGGACUGGACGAAGCACGUUCAUGAAGAUGUGCAACCAUUCACUUGCACAUUUGCAAGUUGCUCAGAGCCGAAGUCAUUCAAGCGCAAAGCUGACUGGGUACGACAUGAAAAUGAACGACAUCGCCACCUGGAGUGGUGGAAGUGCUCUCUUGGAGCAUGUACGCAUAAUUGUUUUAGAAAAGACAACUUUGUCCAGCACUUGGUUCGAGAACACAAGCUGGAAGAGCCAAAGACGAAAGGCCGAUCGAACCCCUCCAGCAAAGGCAAAGGUAAAGCCAACCAAAAGUUCACUCCGAAAGAACAAGAGUUCUGGAAUCUAGUCGACUCUUGUCGACACGAAGAUGCUGCAGAAGCACAGAACGAACCCUGCAAGUUCUGUGGGAACAUCCUGGCGUCGUGGAAGAAACUGGGCGUGCAUGUGGGAAAGCAUAUGGAGCAGAUUGCCAUACCGGUAAUUGAUCUGGCGCAAAAGCGCAAUAUCACCAAAGACACCAUCUUGAGUCCCAUCGAAUCACUCCCCAGUCACAACACUAGUUUGUUCCCAGCCAAGCAGGACGUGGUGGAUUUCUCUGCACUUUCUCCAUUCUCCCGUGACGGAACUCGCUACCAGAGUUCGUCCGCAGAGCAAUCUCCUGCAGCUGUGUUCCAGCAACCGUAUGUUGGUUACAGAGGUCACGAUGGCCUCGUCAAUCCGGGAUACAUACCUAGUGAUGCACGAGCAGCAAAUGUCACAUCGGCGCCACAUAGCUAUGUUAUGCAUGCCGGGGAGCCUGGGUUUACAACCUAUACCGAGUAUCCUUGUGGCGAGUAUGGCUCCUUCAAUACCCAACAUGUUAUUUGUGCACAUCAGAACCACGUCGCGGUAUUUAUUCCUCGCACAACCCCAGCGGUUGGACUUGUCAAUAUAGGUGAUGGUUAUGCCGAUCAGCCACAAUAUCUCUCGGGUCCUGAGCAGCAGUAUCUCCACUAUGAUACUGGCGAGACAACCCAGAAUCACAUGCCUAUGCGAGUUCAAGACCAAGUACAUAUACCUAUUACAACACAGGAAAUGAUGGCACCACAAUUUGUGUAUCAAGAAGGAUGGCGGCAUUAG